AUGCAUACUGCUGAAUUCCUCGACGUCGACCACACAGACAUUUCUUCCGUUCUUGCCGGAGGCUACAACCAUCCGCUUUUGAGAGAAUGGCAGAACGAACGCCAGUUGGCCAAGAACAUGUUGAUAUUUCCGCUAUUCAUCUCUGACGACCCUGAUGACUGCACCGCGAUUGAGUCGUUGCCCAAUAUCAAGAGAUUCGGUGUGAACAAGCUCGCUUCGUACUUAAGGCCGUUGGUGGCUAAAGGUUUAAGAGCGGUGAUCCUGUUUGGGGUUCCGCUGAAGGAAGGCGUCAAGGACCCGAUCGGAACCGCUGCAGACGAUCCCAACGGCCCGGUCAUCCAGGGCAUCAAGCUUCUAAGACGCGAGUUCCCGAACCUCUACAUCAUGUGUGACGUCUGCCUCUGCGAGUACACGUCUCACGGCCAUUGCGGUGUGCUGUACGAUGACGGGACCAUCAAUCGUGAGCUGAGCGUGUCGAGAAUCGCCGCUGUGGCUGUCAACUACGCCAAGGCCGGCGCGCACUCCGUUGCACCCAGCGACAUGAUCGAUGGCAGAAUCAAAGACAUCAAGAGAGGACUGAUCAAGGCCGGACUCGCUCACAAGACCUUUGUCAUGUCGUAUGCCGCCAAAUUCAGCGGCAACCUGUACGGGCCCUUCCGCGACGCGGCCUGUUCUGCACCAUCGCACGGCGACCGCAAGUGCUAUCAGCUGCCUCCCGGCGGCAGAGGCCUCGCCCGCCGGGCUUUGAAGAGAGACGUCGCCGAGGGAGCCGACGGCAUCAUCGUCAAGCCCUCCACCUUCUACCUCGACAUCAUGUGCGACGCAAGCGAGAUCUGCAGGGACUUGCCGAUCUGCGCAUACCACGUCUCGGGCGAGUACGCCAUGCUACACGCUGCCGCCGACAAGGGCAUCGUCGAUCUCAAGACCAUCGCCUUUGAGUCCCACCAAGGAUUUUUAAGAGCCGGCGCAAGACUGAUCAUCACCUAUUUGGCACCCGAGUUCCUCGACUGGCUAAGCGAGUAG